UGUCCGGAUGUCGAGAACAUUGUGGAUAUCUAGUAGCGUAGUGUGGAUAUCUAGUAGCGUACACGAUACCAAGGUCAUACCGACAUGCCUGUACCGGAAGUGCUUUGAGUGACUUGUGAUUCUUGUCUGCAUCUUGGAAUAGUUUACAUACGUGUGGUGGUAGGGAGACCAUUCAGGAUGGGGUACAGUUGCCACGGGCUGCUCACACAGCAGUCUGCCGUGCUGUUUGUCGCAGCGGUUCUCACGUUGUUGUCUGGGACCGACGCCCAGUCUCUGAAGAUCACCCUCGGGCCGCUGAAGGAGGAGCAGAAGACCGGCACGUUCGUGGGCAACAUUGCCGGCGAGACGGCAAUUGCCAAGCAGGUGUCGCCGGCCGAGUUCAGCACGCUCCGGUUCGAGUUUCUCGACCCCUCCAACCGUGGCACGCACCUCUUCUCCAUCAACGGUCGCUCGGGGACGCUCUACACCCAGACGACCAUCGACCGGGAGUACAUCUGUGACGAUAUGGUUGAGUGCCAGAUCAAGUUUGACGUCACGGUCAACUCUGACGUCACGGACUUCCUGCGUCUGGUGGAGGUGACCAUCAACAUCAUGGACAUCAACGACAACACGCCCGCCUUCGAGAAGGAGGAGAUCGUCCUUGACAUUCCGGAGAACAACCCGGAAGGGCUGACCAAGCCCCUGCCGUCCGCCAUUGACCGAGACAUGGGCGAGAACUCCGUGCAACAUUACACACUGCUGAACCCCACGGAACUGUUUUCCCUGAACGUAGAGCGCCGGCUCAACUCCAAGUUCCGUGUGUCGCUGGUGGUGAAUGGCGUGCUGGACCGUGAGAAGAUGGACCGUUACACCCUGUUGGUCGCCGCCACUGACGGGGGACCCCAGCCCAUGACAGGUACCCUGACCGUCCACAUCAACGUGACCGACGUCAACGACAACACGCCCGUCUUCACCCAACAAGACUACUCCUACAGCGUCGUGGAGACCGCCGGCGUCGGCGACGUCGUGGGGAAGGUCACGGCCACCGAUAAGGAUUAUGGGAAAAACAGCGAAAUAAGGUACACGAUGAUAUUGGCCGCACGCGACUCACGCGCGCGUGAACUGUUCACCAUCGACCCAUUCACAGGUGAAAUCACCAUCAAGUCACCACUACAGUAUGACGCGGGUAAGACAUUCGAGGCCGUGGUGGAGGCCCGGGACAGGGGCGACAACCCCCGGAUAGCUGAGGCCAAGCUGACCUUGACCAUCGUGAACGUGGGCAACAACGCCCCCCGCCUGGAGAUCAAGCUACAGAAGACGCUGGACGAGGAGACGGUCAUCAUCUCGGAGGGCGCCAAGAACAGCACCUUCGUCGGCAAGUUGACCGCCACGGACAACGACCCUGGCGCCAGUGGUGAGGUCGUCUGUAGGUCAGCUCACCCCUGCUUCAAGACGGAGAAUUUCGGCGACUACUACGCUAUCAUCAUGAAUGGCUCCCUCGACCGCGAGCAGGCGGACAAAAUUGACGUCAAGCUCGUCUGCAACGACAAGGGGUCGCCGCCCAAGACGUCAUCCAUCACGUUCAAGGUCGUCAUCUCAGACAUCAACGACAACCCGCCGUCCUUCAGCCAGACGACAUACGUCGUCAACAUCACGGAGGAGAACGUCAUCGGCAAGCAGAUUUUAAAGCUGACGGCUGACGACCCGGAUGCUGGCAUCAACAAAGUCUUCACGUACUCCCUCUUCCCCAAGGAGAACACCGUCUUCUCCAUCGACAGGGAGAGCGGGAUCCUCAAGGCCAGGACCACGUUUGACCACGAGGUGGAGAAGCGGCUCAACGUCAUCGUCAUAGCUACAGACGAGGGUCAGCCAGCGCUGGUCAGCACGGCAACGGUGGUGGUCAAUAUAUUGGACAUCAACGACAACUACCCCGAGAUCACCACACGCGAGCUGCGAGUGCCCGAGGGGGGCGGGACGAUGAAGCGGAUCGGCAAGCUGGACGGCUCAGACAAGGACUCUGGUCUCAACUCCAAGCUGGUCUUCUCCAUGCCGCCCACCGAUGACGUCAGCGGCCAGACUUUCCGUGUGGACCCUGACGGCACCGUCUUCGCCAUUCCGGAACUGGACCGUGAGAAACGGGACCGGUACACCCUGCACCUCGAGGUCAGGGACCGGGGGGUGGAGCCCAAGAAAAAGUCUGGAAUCGUCACUGUCAUCGUAGAGGACGUCAACGACCACGCCCCCGUGUUCCACUUCCCCACCCAGAAAAACCAGACCGUCUCGUUUUUGUGGUCACUCCCGCCGAAUCGCGAGAUCACGCGGGUUAACGCGACGGACGAGGAUCUCGGCGAGAACCGGACCAUCUCCUACUUCAUCUACUCCGGCAACAAGGGCGACCUGUUCGCCAUAGAGGAGCAGUCCGGCAUCCUGUACCUCCAGCGGCGGGUCAAGUCGUCGGACGACCACGUCCACAGGCUGAUGGUGGCGGCACACGACCGGGGGGUGGAGCACAGGGAGAGUCAGGCCUACCUAGAGGUCAUCAUCGACUUGACCAACGCCACCUUCGCCGCGCUAAACGACAAGGCCGUGGAGGAUAAGUACAUCCUUAUUGCCGGCAUCGUCGCGGGCGCCACUCUGCUGUUCUCUAUCGUCAUUCUCGUCAUCAUUUUCAUCAUCCGCCGGGGUAACAACCGCCGCCCGUCCCCUCCCCCGGAGAAACACCCCGACUGGCAGGUGGUGAAGACGGGGAUCCAGGAGGAGGGAGGGAAGGGGGAGGUGGAGAAGGUGAUCGCCUGGAGGGGUUCGGACAUUGACAUGGACAUGAAGGAGGAGGAGGAGAGGGGGCUAGGGGGGAGCUACACGCCAGACACGCAACCGGAUGUUACUAAAACCGGAAAUGACGGGACUUUUAAAAAACAAUUGGCCAGCGGUGGCUCCCCCUGGCAUGAUGAUGGGAUCCUGCACGGGCAGACGAUUGGGAUCGGGCUCGACCCCUACAGGAAGCAGGAUUUUUACACCUUCUGUAAGGUACGCAGCAAUCCCCAUGACGACGGCAACAGCGUCACUUCCGGUGAGACAACGACCAGUGACAGUGGGCGUGGCGGAAGUGAGGACGAUAUUCCGCUGCCACCUAUAGCCGAAUGUUCGCCAGAGCUCAACAGUAACCAUAGCAGCCCGAAACACGCCGUAGAAUACCGACCAAUAACAACGCUGCCUUUAAACAACCUGAGUCGCCAGCCAAUCAAAUCAGACUACAGGACGAUGCCAUCUUUAACCAGCUUCCGCGGACCGGAUAUCAAGCUGUAUCCCGUGGCCACGUCACAUCCGCUCCACGGCGAGACGGCCUUGACCCAGACGUACCCCUACAACGGCGACAAGGUCCAUCCGUCAUCCCGGCCUGGACCCGCCUACACCAGCCUCACGCAGGUGCCAUCCAGCAAAAACUCUGGCACCAACCGUCACGUGACAUUCUCGACCAAUCAGAGCCGGGGUCAGAGGGAGGAGGCGUCCACCUUCGGCAGGCGGUCACCCUUCGGGCCGGGGUACGAGAACCUCCUACCGGAAGUGGGGGGCUUGUACAUCAGCCUGCCCAGGAGCGUGGACGAUGACGACGGCAACACCACCACUUCUGGGAGCUACACCAUUGACUCCGACAACCUCAAUGACUCCAUCACCUCCGCGUGAGUCGAAACACGCGCAACUGUGCUAAUCGCCAAAAAUACUGACUCUGACCAUCGGAUGCGACAUCCGGUAAACUGUACUCGGAGAAAGGGGCGUGUCUGACGGCCACCCUCGCAAUCUGUUAUCUUGCAGAGAUUUAGGUUAGUCUGACCUUUCGCUCUGAUUCCACCAGUGCCUGGCACCAUACACCCCAACAAGACGGACCCUGGGGCGUCACCCCAACAAGACACGGACCCUGGGGCGCCACCCCAACAAGAGGAACCCUGGGGCGCCGGCUUCAAUACUGUAGCCCCC